AAAACUAAAUCAAUGAAUUAAAGAGUUGUGUAUGUGGCAUUGAUCCAUAGUCCUAAUAUGUAACAUAGGUUUGCAUUAUAAUGUAAUUGUUAUUACCUGCAUUUUCAGAUGUCAGAAUAGAAGAGUUCUUGUAUGAAAAACUGGACAAAAAGGUGCCAACACGGAUGAACAACCAUGAGCUUCUGGGUCAGUCCAUGAUAGACUCUGGGAAUGAAUUUGGGCCUGGAACGGCCUACGGAAACGCUCUGAUAAAGUGCGGCGAGACGGAGAAGCAGAUCGGAGGAGCGGAGCGAGAGUUCAUUCAGAGCUCUGCUAUCAAUUUCCUCACGCCUUUCCGCAACUUUUUAGAAGGAGAUUUCAAGACUAUAUUGAAAGAGCGCAAACUGCUUCAAAACAAACGACUGGACCUUGAUGCUGCAAAGACCAAGCUAAAGAAAGCCAAAAUGGCUGAUGCCAGAGCUCUGCCCCUCAGAACUACCCCUCCUCCAGGGGACGCUGGCUAUGUUGCCAAUUUCUCCUUCAUGGUGAAUUUCCUCCAUGUGAAGUGCCUGAAGGUUGGUCUGUGUGUCUUUCACUCGAGUGCCAAGCACUGUUCUGCUUCAGAAGAGCCACCUUUAAGACGUUAGUUCCUCUUUGAGCUGUUGAUUAAGCUCUUUUGUCCCGGAUAUUAGCAGCAUGUGUGUGUUCCCAGGUUCCUUUUUUGUUGUGCAUAUAGAGUUUGGAAAGAGGAUAUCUAUGUUUGCUCAACAUCGUGAUGACAUUUCAAAACUGCUCAUUGCCCUUGGCCCCAGUUUCACAAGAGAAGUAAAGAAGUGCUUCAAGAUCUCCUCAUGACCGGAACUCAACCUACACACAUGUGUGUAUAUACAGUGGGGAAAAAAAGUAUUUA